CUUUCAAUCAAUUAUCACCAAUCCAAUCAGCUGGCAGGCGCUCGCCGCUUCUACAAACAGCUGAUAAUUUAUUUCAUCACAAUUUAAUUGUAUAGAAAAAACUUAGGAGAAGGAAUUUUAGAGUUAAGUGUAGAAAACAAAUCUACCUCAACGGGAGCAGGUCAAUGGGCCACCAAGAGUAGAAAUGUCUUCGUCAAUAGUAUGCAUGUAAACAACCAGCACUUGAACUCCGCGACAAGUUACUUAAAAGGGUCUAAUUGGAAACACACGUUCCGGCAAUAAUUGCCGGUUCCAAAAACUGAGGAUGAAUGUUUCCGACUUUAUCAUAGGCGGUUCCGCCUCCGUCGGUGCAACUUUCUUCACAAAUCCAAUUGAGGUGAUCAAAACGCGUAUUCAGCUUCAAGGUGAACUGGCAGCACGUGGGACUUACGUGGAACCUUACAAAGGCGUAAUUCGCGCCUUUAUUGUUGUAGGUCGCAAUGAAGGAUUAACCGGUCUGCAAAAGGGAUUGGUGCCGGCGUUAUACUUCCAAUUUAUACUAAAUUCUUUUAGAUUAGGCCUUUACAACUUGGCGAUGGAAAAGAAAUGGAUGCACAGGAAGAAUGGUGAUAUAUCAGUUUCCCUGGGCUUAUUUUGGGGUGCAUUAGGUGGCUGUGUCGGCACAUAUUUUUCAAGUCCAUUUUUCCUGAUAAAAACCCAAUUGCAAUCACAAGCAGCUAAGGCCAUAGCAGUAGGCUAUCAACAUGAACACACUGGCACUUUUCAAGCUUUACAUCAAAUCUACACUCAAGGCGGCAUAACUGGGUUAUGGCGUGGAUCAAUGGCUGCUGUACCACGUGCAGCUUUGGGUUCAGGUGCACAAAUUGCAACUUUUGGCAAGACAAAAACAAUUUUACGCGAAAAUGGUUGGGUAACACAACCGACAUUGAAUUCGUUUUGUGCUGGCGGUAUUGCCGGUUCUAUUAUGUCAUUGGCUAUAACGCCACCAGAUGUGAUAACAACGCGGCUGUAUAAUCAGGGCGUUGACGCAAGCGGAAAGGGUAUCUAUUACAAUGGCUGGUUGGAUUGUAUUGCAAAGAUCGUGCGCAACGAGGGUCUGAGCGGUUUAUACAAAGGCUUUUGGCCCAAUUAUCUGCGAAUCGCACCACAUUCUACACUAGUACUGCUGUUUUUCGAUGAAUUGCUAGCCAUUAAAAACAAAUAUUUGAAUUUAAAGCUCAUUUUAAUCGGCAAAAUAUUUUCAAUAUUCAGUAUGAAUUUUGCUGAUUUUGUGAUUGGCGGUUUAUCAUCCACGGGUGCUUUAUUCUUUACAAAUCCGCUUGAGGUGAUUAAGACACGCAUUCAACUGCAAGGAGAAUUAGCAGCGCGAGGCACAUACGCUGUUCCCUAUAAAGGGAUUUUGCAUGCCUUUGCAACAGUUGUUAGAAAUGAUGGCUGGGUCGGACUACAGAAAGGCCUUGUGCCAGCAAUGUACUUUCAGUUUAUUAUGAAUGGAGUACGUUUGGAUAUAUAUAAUACAGCAGUCAACAAGCAGUGGACACGCACGAAAGAUGGGGUAGAAUCGUUUGGUUUGGGCCUCUUUUGGGGUGCACUUGGAGGUGCAGUUGGCGCCUACUGCUCCAGUCCGUUUUUUAUGAUAAAGACACAACUACAGUCACGAGCUCCAAAACAAAUUGCUGUUGGUUAUCAGCAUCAUCACACUGGCAUGCUCAAUGCCAUACAACGUAUUUAUCGGCAAGGUGGCAUUGCUGGCUUAUGGCGCGGCUCUCUAGCUUCCAUACCACGCGCUUCUAUUGGUUCUGGCGCACAAAUUGCCACAUUUGGCAAGUCGAAAGCACUGCUGCGCGAGCACAAUCUAGUCGUACAACCCACAAUGAAUUCGCUUUGUGGUGGUUUCUUAGCUGGUUGUAUUGUAACUUUGGCCAUUACACCGCCAGAUGUUAUAACAACGCGGCUCUACAAUCAGGGUUUGGAUGCAAAUGGCAAGGGCUUAUUAUAUAGUGGUUGGUUGGAUUGUUUUUUGAAAGUUGCACGCAGCGAGGGUAUAUACGGUCUAUACAAAGGCUUUUGGGCAAGCUACUUGCGGCUGGCUCCACACUCAACACUGGUCUUAUUAUUCUUCGAUGAGCUUUUAGCUUUAAAAAAAUAAAUAUAAAAUUUUGUUGUA